AUGGCCGGUUUAUCUAGACCUAUUCCUAUUGUCGUCUGCGGUAAGGCGGAAGUAGUCGGAAAAAUGGUCGUUGAAGGCCUAAAGCCCCAGUAUGAAGUAAUCCUCUUCUGCCUCGGCAGCAAACCAACAGCCGCCGAACUACCUUUCAUCCUCCGCGGCACCGCGCCCCCAAACCAAAGCAGUACCAUCGGAACCGGCUCGUACUCCACAAUACCCUACGCGGUGAUCAUGGGCGCAGCCUGGAGUGCUGACGACGUAGCCGACGUCAAGGCCGCCAUCGACGGGAACAUGCCACCCGACUCCGCCGUCCCUGCUCCUGUGCUAUUGCGUAACGACACUAGCAUACCCACGCCGAAGCCUCCGUCCCCCGAGUACGCCGCCCAGCUCGUCCAACGCAUCCGUGCUUGUCUCGGGAAGUUGGAAAGUGGAGAGAAGCUUGUCGGACUAGAAAAUGGAAUUGUGUGGUACUGA